UAUUUGUAUAUAAACUGUGUUAUGCACUUCUCCUUCUCCACCAAACACUCACACACAUAGAGGAAGAAAAUGAGCAACCUUCAAACUCAGGUGUCGAAGCAACAGGAGCCAUGGUGUGAACUUAAAGACAUAGUGGUUCUCGUGACAGGAGCUUCCUCUGGUAUAGGAAGAGAGAUCUGUCUUGAUCUAGCCAAAGCUGGCUGCAAGAUUAUCGCAGCAGCUCGUCGUGUGGAUCGUCUCAAAUCUCUCUGCUCUGAAAUCAACACAACAGGAGUACAAUCCGCUGCCCUUGAGCUAGACGUUUCAUCAGACGCAGCCACCAUUCAGAAAGCUGUUAAAGAAGCUUGGGAAGUCUUUGGAAAGAUCGACGCGUUGGUCAACAAUGCCGGAAUCAGAGGCACUGUCAAGUCUAGUUUGGAUCUGUCAGAAAAAGAAUGGGACAAAGUCUUUAAAACCAACUUAACUGGAGCUUGGUUAGUAUCCAAAUACGUAUGCAUUUUAAUGCUUGAUGCUAAAGACCGUGGUGGCUCGGUUAUAAACAUUUCAUCCAUCUCGGGGCUCCACCGCGGUGUAGUUCCUGGUGGAAUCGCGUAUGCUACUUCCAAAGGCGGUGUUGACACCAUGACAAGGGUGAUGGCUAUUGAGUUAGGUGUUUACAAUAUCAGAGUGAAUUCUAUAGCACCGGGGCUUUUGGAGUCAGAGAUGACACAAGGUCUUAUGAAGAAAAAGUGGCUCAAGAAUGUGACCGAGCGGACUAUCCCGUUAAAGGUGCAACAGACCGUGGAUCCGGGGAUUACCUCACUGGUUCGCUAUCUAAUUCACGACUCUUCGAAAUAUGUCUCCGGCAAUAUAUACAUUCUUGAUUCCGGAGCUACAGUGCCCGGCCUGCCCAUUUUUUCUUCUCUUUGAAAUCUCAACCACAAAAUCUUCAGUUUGUGUUUCUUUUUGCUAUAAUAACUGAAAACAUUUACACAUAAAAAGCAUAUAAAUAUCCAAAAGGUUAUGAUUAGUUUACCUGUAGUAAUAAAACUAAUGAUAUUACAUCUAAAGUUUGAAAAUUCAAUUUAACAUGCCAUCUUUGGUUAGCUGAAAUGAAUCAGAGCUCAUCGUAUUUGAGUUCCACUUUAGCUGGAAAUCUCUUCUCCAUCCAAGCGAUAUAACCACCAUCCAUGUUUCUUACACUCUUGAAUCC